AUGGACUCGACUAAUACAACACAAGCAGCCGAAGAUGUUAGCAGGGAUAAAACGCAUGUUACAACACCAUCGUUCGGCUCGAGCAUGCUCAGUUUCCACACUGUUCAGUCGUCCACCGAUACACCCCGAAAAACACUUCUUCAUCUGGAGGAGAGUUUUGACGUGGAAGAGUUGAUCGAUGAAGGGCGUGCCACUCCUCAGCAAACCAUCGAUUUGAAGGAGGACAAGUCUAUCGAAGAUGUCUCAACUCCAACUCCAACAAGCUCCGCAUUCGACACACAAACGCCAAAUACAGGCUUACCUGAUCUAGAGUGCGAAGAUGGACAUUCUGGCGACAGUGAAGAGGAAGAAGAGGAAAAGGUAUUGGGACACGCAAUAAAAUCCCUACCGAACGGAAUGACCUCUCUCCCAUCACCCAGCGUAGGAUCACGCUCAUUUGAUUGCUCCUCAUCACCUUUCUCUCGCCCCCUUGCGCUAGUUUCUCUUGCACCAACAGAAGAAUCACGACGAAGAUCAUUACGACCGAUCGUCUACACUCCACCCACCAUAACCAACACUGUUGCCGCCGACUCUUCUAGCUCCGGAGAUUCCGCUUCCUCCACAAACCCUACUCGCCCUUCAACCUCUUCCUCAGCGGCCACCACUCAUCCCACAGCCUCCCCCCACCACAACCACACUCGAAAGAAGAAAGACAAAGAGAUCGAAUCCGAAUGGGGUGCGCAAUUCUGGACCCUCAUCACCGACCCCUCCAAUCCUCGCAACACUUUUUUCGCAAACCCAGCCACAGGGGAAUGCAAAUGGGAACUUCCCAAAGGAACCAUCGUUUUACCUCCUAGAGAUGAAGGUGAAUGGUGGGAACUGUACGAUGAGGAGAGGAAAGGCGAGUACUAUUGGCAUACGAAGACGGAGGAGUGUAGAUGGGAUAGACCAGGUGAGGGAGAAGGGUUUCUGGUCCCAAUGAGAAAGGUUCAGGCUCGACACUUCCUUCCUUGUGCGAAGGGGGGAAAGCGGAGGAGUGUGAGUGAAGCCACGCCUGCAACACAAAGAAGGAUAGGAAGAGUAGGGGUGGAGAGGGAAGAAGAAAAAGAGAUUGUGACUACUCCUCUUAGGCCCCGGACGAAAUCACUCCCCCGCAACCAUCACCAUCGCCAACAUGAAAAGCAAGACAGAAGAGCAACAAGAAAUGCAGCAGCGGCACACACGGAGAGAAAGGAGAAGAAGGAAGAGGAUUUGGCGCUACAAGCAAGAAGAUCGAUCGUAUUGCGCGAUCAGCGUGCUCUCGCUAUUGCUAGAGAGACUUCUACCCCGCCCUUCCGACUCGAAUGCAUUCCUAAAACUCCAAAGAAAGAGGGAAAGAAGAAAAUUAGACAUUCAACUACUGGUUCACCUAUCAGACCCCACUUCCCUACCCAAGCUUCCAGUCGAACUUAUUGCUUCCUAUUUCAUCCACUGGGGAAGGGAUGCGGUUUGGGGUUGGAAGAUGAACUGUCACCAAUCCCACGUGAUCAAAGGGAGGAAGGGGAAGACGACUUAGUGGUGCCUAUUAUUAGAGUGGGUAAAGGGUUGGCUUAUCACCCAAACGAUGCGAGCGGGUGUGGGAGGGAUAGUCCUUCGAGCUCCAGAAGAGGGGGAAUAAGAGCGAGGAAGAGUUUGCCGUUCCUAAAGACUGGAGCAGGGGUGGAAAACAAAGCGGAGGACAGGAAAAAGCUUGUUGAGCUGCCGGACGACCUUGCUUGUGCGUUACUCAAUGUCAAUACUGAUCCUGCUCUUGUUCGGCCUGAAAAGGAGAGGGUUGGGGAGGAGCAGGGGAGAGAAAAAGGACCCACCCCUCCGAAGGCUCAAAGAAAAGAGGGAAAACUGACCAAGUUGAUCAGCUGGACCACUUUAUCUCGCUGUAAAAGAUCUGCUAGUGUUGGUGAAUCCGGAUAG